CUCCUAGCAGUGAAGUCAAAGCAUUUGUAUCUCAGGGACAGCAAAAAGGACCAUAGGCUUGUGUCUGUUCUCUGAAAGCAUCUCCUUUCGGUUACAUUUGUGACAUCCAACAAAUAGUCACGCGACCAGCAGAAAACCGUUGUGGUCCAUUUCAAAGUGUUGGGCAGACCAAAAAACCCGUUCCAUCUUACCAUUGUGUCUGCACCAUGGCGGGUCUGGUGCCAAAGGUUGACAGUCUCGACCAUGUGUAUGCAGGAGGAUUCGAGGGUCAUACUGUGUCGGUUGAGCUCGAGCAGCGUUUCAAGAAUUUGAUCCAGAGUUUCAAAAGCGACUAUGGUCACAAGCCAGAUUUUGUGUCCAGAAGCCCGGGACGAGUCAACAUUAUCGGCGAGCACGUCGAUUAUUCGCUCUACAACGUCCUGCCGACUGCUCUCACCGUUGAUGUGCUGAUCGCCGUCCGCAUUGUCACACAUGGGAAUGGGGACGCGGCUGCAAUCAAGAUUGCCAAUGUAAAUCCUACCAAGUAUCCGUCCAGAACACUGAUCAUCCCAGACUCUGGCGCGAUCGAGGUCGACCGGGAGAAUCAUUCAUGGAGCAAUUACUUCUUAGCCGGGUUGGGGGGAUCACUGGAAUAUCUCCGAAAGCAGUUUGGCGAGUCUUUCAAGCCCAAUGGCAUGGAAGUCCUUAUCGAUGGAAAUGUUCCAGCGGGUGGUGGCUUGUCUAGCAGUGCAGCUUUUGUCUGUGCUUCUGCGCUGGGUGUCAUGGCUGCAAAUAACCAUGACAUCUCGAAACAGGAUCUGCUUGACCUCUGCAUCGUGUCGGAGCGUGCAGUCGGUGUCUUCUCCGGAGGCAUGGACCAAGCUGCAUCUAUCUUCUCUGAAAGAGGGUAUCUCCUCUACUGCCGUUUCUUCCCAGAAUUUUCUGCAGAGCAUGUCCCCGUCCCGACGUCGGAUCCAGAAGUCACUUUCCUGAUCGCCCAGUCUUUCGUUACCUCUGACAAGGCGGUGACUGCACCGAUCCAUUACAACCUCAGGGUCGUUGAAUGUACUCUGGCGACUGUGGUGUUGGCGAAGCUCCAUGACAUUGCUCUGAAUCCAGAUCAGAGCUCUCUUGGGUUCUGCCUGAGAAACUUUCAGGAAGAGGUCAUGAAGAAAGAAGGCCGCAGAGAUGAUCCACUAGCGGCUCAGGUCAGCUCGAUUGUCGAGAUCAUAAAGUCAAACCUCAAAGAAGAGGGCUACACCAGACAAGAUAUUGCCGAGAUUCUGGGGAUCUCCGUGCAAGAACUUGAAAAGCAAUACAUGUCCAAGUUCCCGAUUCGAGCCGACGUGUUCAAGCUAAGGCAGCGCGCCCUGCAUGUCCUGGAAGAAGCAGGACGUGUCCUCAAGUUCCGAGAUAUUUUGACGACCUCAGGGAAAUUGGAUGAAGAGAAGUUGCUCGAUCUUGGCGACCUCAUGAACAAGACACAAGCUUCGUGCCGAGAUGUGUACGAAUGCUCAUGCCCCGAGAUUGAUCAGAUCUGCUCCAUCGCGCACAAAGCAGGGGCGUACGGAACUCGACUGACCGGUGCAGGUUGGGGCGGCUGCACAGUGCAUCUGGUGCCUCAGCAUAAGGUCCCUGCGGUGAUAGAGGCCCUCAGGCAAGAGUACUAUUACAAAAAGUUCCCCGACAUUAGCAAAGAGAAACUCGAGGAGGCCAUUGUUGUCUCAAAACCGAGUCAAGGGUCGUCGCUGAUCGUCGGUGCGGCGCUUGAUAUAUAGUGGAACCGACGAUACAUGGCCGAGAUUGAUCCAGGAUUGGUUCAUGAAGACAAUCGGAUCCGAUACUCCAGGGCCAUCCUCCUGGACAUGGUCGAGCACCAUUUCUGUUAGAGAACGGCAUUUCUAACCGCGCCUCUAUUCGAUAAGUGUCCCGGUCAAGGUCGUUAAUGUGGACUUCCCAGCUGGUGUCAAGUUGCACACGUGCAUCUUUCUGGUCACGCUUCUGAACGGAAAUGUCUGCUUCAAACACAUGGUCCAGGGCAAAUCCCUUGUUGCCUCUUUGUCUUGACCAACUUCGAAAACCAUAGAGCAUGCCUUAUUCAGAAUAUCGUCCUGGAAGUGUCAAGUUUUGAAGGUGGUCACAGGUGUCUAGACCAUCGACUGAAUCUGCCGGCUUCGUGGUGGUCAUCAGCUUCGCCUGAAGUCUUACUUCAAGGCCUCGGACGAUUUCGUCACUCUUCGCGACCGACCAUCGCACUGUGCGAGGAAUAGCACGAGCCAUUCCUCGCUAGUGCGCGCAGAGGUUGUGGUGGUCGACCCUGGCAUGUUCUCAAUAAGUCGGAAUGAAGUGAUUCUGCUAUCGCCAUAGGCUGUAUAGUGGCCUCAAGGAAGUCCGGCAUUGUAUGGAUGAUUACUCAACACAAGCCAGGGUCAGAUUCGAGGAUUGAGGGGGGGCACGGCGACUCGGUUAGUUACGGCCGUUGUUACGAAUCGCAUUCUCGAUUGGGGACUGUCUUGUCGUAGGUAACACCGUGAAGGCGUGUGGAUGAUUUGCGACGAAGUAAUACGAACUCCGCAGUCUCGUGAGUGUGGAAUCGGCGCCUUAUAUCGAUCUUCCAACCUCGGCGACUAGGCUGCUGUAAGUCUAGCAGAUGCCUCUGGCUCUGUAUAUUGGCUGGCCAUGGAAAUUGAAUUCGAGAUAAGUGGCCCCCAAUCUUCCUAGCUCCUUGUUCCCCCAAAGGUUGUCCUCUACCGCCAAUUCUAGAUCUCGUAUGUACUGUACCAGCUCUGCAGC